AUGAUUCGGUCGAGUAUUGUCUACUGGGUUGCCGCCCUCGUCCCGUUAUGUUUGGGACAAGAAGCGACAUGGGUUGACGAUCAGGUAAAUACGACAAUGUGUUACUGGACAUCGCCCCGAGCUGCGGUGGUACGAGACACCUUCUAUAUUGACGGAGGAGAAUUAGCCUGGUUGCCUGGUCUGAGUAAUGGAACAUACGGUCCUCUCAACGUCGAUGGAAAUCCACUUGGAAUUGUAUACCUCCUCAACUUUAGCACUUCUUUUCAUGUAUCAGACAAUAUUUCUUCUAUCUUUACAACAAUAACCAAGGGUGCAAAUGGGGGACUCGCCGGUACUCUGGGAUCAAACUAUGUUGAUGGGGCAAUGUUUGCAAACGACGACGAAUGGUACACUUAUGGCGGGCUUUUGUCUUUGACGGAUGGCUUUCCAACGCCAGACGCCGACUCUGCUACAUUAUUCGAAGUCUACUCAGAUGGUACGCCUUUCAAAAUAUUCAAGCCAACCUUUUAUCCAAUCGACCUACCAACAAGCUUGACAAGAUAUGUAACAUACGGAGGAGCCGUUAGCAUUCCGUCCGAGAAUCUAGGAUUUUACUUUUCGGGAUACAGAGCCGCAAACUUUGGACCUAUUUUUGAGCAUCCAGGCCCAAGAAAUGCGUCUUUUUUAGCCAAUGUCACAUCUCAAACUUUGACCAGUAUUGAUAUGGCGAGUCAAGGCAAACCUAAGUGGUCUAAUGACUCCUUACCAUCGACUGUUCCCGGCCGUGCUAAUCCCGAAAUUGCCUGGAUUCCUGUUUCGGACCAGGGAAUAUUGGUCGCAGUUGGCGGAGUUGUCGAUCCAUAUUAUUCUAGCAUUUUUGAGACCAACGAUGCACCUAUCAAUGAACAAAGCAGCAAAAUCAGUCCCGGCUUCAUGACGAGUGUUUCCAUCUACGACAUCGCCGAAAAGGUUUGGUACGAACAAGAAACAUCAGGAAGCUUUCCAGGGGCAUUGACCCAAGGAUGUACUGUAGUUGCAUCAGCAGAAGAUGGUUCAAGCCAUAAUAUAUAUUGGUAUGGAGGUUUUGAUGGUAUUCACCCCACGCAAGCUUUCUCAGAUGAUGUUUAUGUUCUUUCGAUCCCUUCAUUCAUCUGGACGAAAGUUUACACUGGAAGCGAUACUCACGGUCGGGCUGGACACAAGUGUGUCAAAGCAUAUCCUGAUCAAAUGAUCGUUUUAGGUGGACACCCCGCUCUUACUACUGAAAGUCCACAUUGCCUUGAAGGUAGUAUAAUCCAAAUAUUCAAUCUCAGUAACACGAAAUGGCUGGACUCUUAUGACCCUUUGGUUUGGAGUAACUACACUGUACCCAGUCAAGUUGUAUCUGCGAUCGGAGGUUCUGGGACUGGUAGCGCUUCACAGACUAAACCAUCUGGAGGCUUCACGAAUUCAAGUAUGGCAGCACUCUUAGAAACUGCCUACAACACAACCAAGAUCACAAAUUGGUAUCCGUAUACGCCAGCUUCGUCAAUUCCUCCAAACAACCGAACACUUCUUCCUACACCCGUCGCUAAGAAAUCAGGAACCCCUUCAUACCUCGGACCUGUUUUAGGCGUCGUUCUGGGUCUCUUCUUCAUCACCCUUCUCAUUUUAGGCUUUAUCAUCUAUCGUCGUCGCAAGAUUUUUGGCCUCUCGCGAGUGGAUCGCCAAAGUGAAGCUGGGACCCUGUAUGAAAACCGCCGACGUACUCUCCGAUGGCUCUAUUCUACUCCUAGAGAUGUAAAAGCUCCUACUGUCACAACUGAUGAAACGGAAGUCAAUGCGGUAUCUUCGGAAGCUGACACUGAUCACACUCGCGUAUUUGCCGCCGAAAUGCCAGGUGAUACACAAUUUCAUGAAAUGAUGGAUACAUCUCAACCCUCCGAGCUCCACAACACAGGCUUCGUGCCUCUUUCCCCUAAGUCUAAUGUUUGGAACACCAUUUCUCGUAACCAAACUCCCAUCACCCAUUCUCCAUCCGCAGGUUCCAAUCACUCGCAUGCUAGUUUCGUCUCUCGAGGCUCGGGUCCAAGAUCCUCUCCCAUUUCUCCUGCUCGCGCAGAUAGUGUGACACUCCAUGGGCAGGCAGGAGGCACUACAAAAGAGAGGAUUCACAGUGACUUGAGUAGUGUGACUGAAAGCGAAAGAACUCACCUAAGACAAAUCAGUGACGCGAGUGUGAGUGUAGAUGGAGAUUAUGGGAAUUUACCGACGCCCGAGAUACAGAUUGAAAAACCGCAUGAUGAGGAGCAUGGAAUUGAACAAGUGGUUGAGAAACCCGGAUUGGUCAGUCCUUUGACGCCACCGCAGGGGGUGGGACAAGGGAGGCAGCAUUAUUUUGGUCCAGACAGUGUUGGAAGCAGUUCUGUACAGAAUGUACCGGUGCCUGAAACGAGGAGGAAAAGUAAUUUUGAAGAGAAAUUGGAUGAGUAG